CUCUUGCAUAAGGAAUACUGUGCUUGUGGAAGAGGAUUGGAGUUGGAUCAGUAAUUGUCCCUCCUCCUCUGCAGGAGGACUGCAGAUUCCUAUCAAGAAUCAAAGGAUUCCAGCACACAGUCUGGCUUCAUCUCAAUGGCUUUAGCAGAACUCCUUGCCUGCAGGUACUGCAGAGCAGCAGAUCUAUCUAAGUGACCGUCUGAAAUACAGGCCCUUAAAUGAUACAGCGCCCUUGAACCUGACUUGAAUCAUUCCCCAUCAAAUCCUGCUGGGGAGGAGAUGUUUCACAGAGAAAUUGAAGAGAAAACCAGUCAGGAGCAGGAGGACAGAUUGCAUGAAGUGAAUCUCUCUACCCAGAGGCUGCGUGUGCUCCCUCCCUCAGUCCUGAGCAAUACCAUGCUGGAGAGCCUUGACCUCGACAGGAACAAGCUCAGGAGCAUCACUGGCAUUUCUAAGCUUUGCAACCUCAAGAAGCUGAUACUGUCCAAGAAUGAGUUUGUGGACUUUCCCAAUGAAAUCCAGAGCCUGGUCUGUUUGGAGAGGCUUGAGCUGAAUCAGAACCAAAUCCGGAUCAUCCCAGAGGGGGUUUUCUCCCAUCUUCCCAGGCUUAAGCACCUGCGGCUGAACAACAACCGUCUGUGUGCCCUCCCCAGGGACCUGGCAGCUUGUGGGGGCAGCCUCCAGUACCUGAACAUCUCCAACAACCUGUUCCGCACCUUCCCGCAGCCCGUCCUGCAGCUGGCACGCUUACAGGAGCUCCAUGUGCAGAACAACGCCCUCCGCCAGCUCCCCAGGGAGCUCUUCCAGGGACAGUCCCUGAAGACGUUUAAGGCCAGCGGGAACCCUCUCCGCGAGCCGCCCAGUGAAGUGUGUGCUGGUGGCAUUCGGCAGAUCCGCAAUUACUUCAGCCAGCUUCAGCAUAGUUCGGGGCAGGAGGACAAGAGGGUCAAGACCAUGUUCCUGGGGGCCUCACUGGCAGGGAAGUCCACCAUCUGCAGGAGCCUGAAGCAAGGGCGAUCCAAACUGGUGCCCAAGGAAGAGCGAACAGUUGGGAUAGAGAUCAGUGAGUUCCAGAUUGAGGACUUCACAUUUCUCUUCUGGGAUUUUGCUGGCCAGCUGGAAUACUACAUGACUCACCAUGUGUUCAUCACCCCACAGGCGCUCGUCAUCCUCGUCAUCAAUCUUCACAUGUACCAAACUAAUGACAAAACUUUCAAGGAGCUGGUUGGUUUCUGGAUCAACAACCUGUCCAUGCGAGUCCCAAACUCAGUGGUGCUUCCUGUGGGAACCCAUGUGGACUGCUGCCAGGAGCAGGAGAUUUUAAACUUCGUUGCUGUCAACUGCACGGAUCACCGUGCCAUCAGGAAGCUCGAGGCCACUAUUUUGAAGCAUGUGAGGAACGAGGAGCUCUUCCCGGAGGUUGUCCGAGUGCUGCCGCCCGUCUACCGGCAGGUGGAAGCUGCCAUCGCGGCUAUUGCAGGGAGCGAGGAGGUGGCAGACCACGGCAUGAUGGACCUCCAAUACCUGCUCAGCAAACUCUCCCAGAGUGAGAACUUGGCCAGCCUGAGCAGAGAGCUCCUCCAGGACAUCUUGCGGUACCUCCACCGCAUCGGGCUCGUCGUGUGGUAUGAGGAAAUCAAGCACUUGGAAAGCACCGUCUUCCUCCAGCCUACAUUUCUGAUAACCAUGUUCAAGCUGCUGGUGCGGCACCAGCUCGUCCAGCAGCUGGAGAGCAUCUCUUUGGAGACGCUGAUCGGGGAACACGCCACCAUCAGAGACAGGGCCAACUGGGUGUGGACCUUCAAGUCCAAGGCAAUGCUGUGCCACCAGGCUGUGCGUGCCUUGGUGAAGCACCAGCUCUGUUCGGAAGGCAUGCGGGAUGUCUUUGAGGAAAUCAUGGGACUCAGGCCUCACAGAGGGAGAGGGAAGCUCUUCAGCCUCCUGGAGCACUUUGAGCUCUGCAUGGAGGUGAAGCACACUGAGGCACUCAACCCACAGGCCAGGGAGUUUGUGCCUGGGAAGCCAUGGGAGACAACACAGAGCCAAGGCAAGUCCUGGUACUUGUUCCCAACCUAUCUGAACCAGACAGAGGAAGUGUCUGAGGUCUGGGGAGGAGAUCACUCCGAGGACCUCCACAUCCGUGCCUACUUCUCACCUGAAAUACCUGAGGGCUUCUUCCAGAGGUUCCUGGUGAAAGCUUGCUCCUUCUAUUCCACACACUGGGUGGCCAAGGUGACCUGCCUGCUUGUAUGCAAUGGCAAACCUCUGCUGAUCAAAGAGAAUAACCAGAGGGCCUACAGCUACCUGGAGCUCCGCAGCAGAAAGCCAUCAGAAAGGACAGGGUUCCAGUUUGCCUGGGAUUUCCUCGUGGCAGUUGUGCUCAUCACCCAGAAGCUCGCUGAGGAGUGGCCGGGGCUGCACGUGUGUGUGAAGUCUCCCUGCCGAACGUCCGGCUGCCCCGCGGAGUUCCUCUGGCCAGACAUGGAUGGCACAGGUGCCACGACAAAGGAAGACGUUAAAACCUGCGGGACGUGUGGGCACCGCUUUGGUGCAGAGCUGCUCCUGCCCAAAGUACCCAGGCCACUGGAGGAGCUCCCAGCACAGCCCUCUGCUCACUAUUACGUGACAAGCUACGGGACCACCACCUUUGGGCCCAGCAGCAUCCAGGUCACUCGGCAGGUAAGGACACUGCUACCCCUCCUUGCCCAGGGACCAACAGUGAUGGCCAGGCUCCUGAAAUGAGGGGGUGCAGUUGCCUGCAGCCUGGGGAGGGCACACCCCAUCUUCAGGCAGCCCUCUGGUUUCCACACUCCUCCCUGAGAUGCCAUCCCCUCUGCACCACUGAGCUGGUGGUCUGGGUGUUCCAUGUUGUACUUACUGCCUUAUUUUUCCAGAACAUCUCCAGUGAGUAACUCUGGGCGGUGCUCAAUGAAGAAUUACUUUUGUUUAGCCCAGGCCAAGCUGUCCUCAACACAUUCUGCUUGUGAGUUAUGUUUGCAGCCUUUAUGCAGGAGAAUAAAUGCAUUGAUAAAUGCAUCCCUUCACACUGGGAAGUCACCUCAUCCACUCAAAUUUAAGGGGAAGAAGGUGCUGAUAAAGCUCUCUGAUACCAGCCCACCCCUGCCAGCAGGGAC